CCCAUUAGGGAUACGGCGCAGUGCCGAUUUACCCAUAAACACGGAUGAAUGUGCCGAUAAAAAAUAAAACGGGUAGAGAGAGCGCGCCGCGUCCGGCGUCUGUCUACGCUCAUACUGCGCAUGCGCGAUUCUCUUCUCCCUCUCUCUUCGUAGUCUUCAACAGCUGCUGCCAUGGAGCUAGCACAGAACACCUUAGCGGGUAGCGAGCGCAGGGCGCGCGCGCGCUUUGCGUCGGAUUAUAGUUGUUCUGUGGUAUCUGCUCCUUCUCCGAUCAAAGAAGUUGAUGGUGGUGAAGUGUGAUGAAAGCGACAGUGGCAACAGCUCCAUCAGCGAGUGGGUUGACGCAAGCACGCAUCAACCCACCCUCGGACAGCAGCGCUGCAUCCACGCGGGACUAUGACGAGGCUUCUGCUGCUGCGAAUAGGAGGGCUCGCGACGCCGAGCGUAAACGCCUGAAGCGAGCGGCGGAUCCGGAGCUUCGUCAGCGCCUCGCUGCUUCACAACGUCAGCGUCGGGCGGCGGAUCCCGAGCUUCGUCAGCGCGAAGCGGCUGUAAAACGUCAACGUCGAGCGGCGGAUCCCGAUGAGGUUCGAGCGCGGCAAGCAGCUUGGAAACGACAACGUCGAGCUACGGAUCCCGAUUUUCGAGCGCGUGAAGCAGCUCUGAAGCGGCGGCGUCGAGAGGCUGCCCUCGAUGCUGUACGCGAGCGGGAUCGCGUCGCGAAAGCGGCGUCUCGAACCAGGCAGCGCGCACAGGCAGACGCUCGACUCAAGCGCGACUCCCUGGACCGCAGCUUCGGACACAGUUGCAAGGCAUCGUCAAAGAGUGCCGCAGCAUCAACACGAGAAAGCAGACUGCCUGAUGAAGGCGGCGUAAGCGUUGCCAUGACGAGGCCUGCAGACUCCUGCUCCAAACGGAUCGACAGUAAGAGCGAGAUGCAGGUGGGGGCAGUGAUGGUCGAAAUUGGCGAAUCUCUGAACAGCAGCGCAUGUCCAGAAUCGUCGCGAAAACUGGCAGAGUCAUCGCAGCCCUCAAGACGUGGUGUGGACGUCGCUGUUGAGACACCAAGAAUCUCUGACCAAAACUUGUGCAAGUCCUCGCAAGCAUCAGUUGUUCCCAUCAGGAUUCACCGGUGGACGGAAACCACUCCCUUAGUACAUUUCAUGGUCCUGAAGCUUCAGCAAAAGUGUGAUUAGGGACAGGAGCAACCGCUAGGGGCACCCUCGUGUGCGUGGGGGCAUCGGAGUAGCCCCGGCACUGCAAUGGUACAGCACGCAUUGGAACUGCGAAACGUGAAUCAAUGCACCCGUGAUUGAUUACAUCUUCAGACUGGUGUUACAGUCAAGGAAAUUCGGGGAAGUUCUAAUACAGUAGAAUUGAGCAUCGCAUGGGGGCCUUGAAGUUGAACAUUCGAUGGCAACAAACACGUGCUUCCGCAUUGUUCCAGUCUCUACAGAGUUGGCGGAAUCCAACCAUCAAGUGGGGCAACAUUGUCCCAGAGAUGACCGUGCAAUGCUUGUGGGAACUGGCGCCGUCCUUCGCAAAAAGGAAAGCUCUGUCUCUGCAGCAGCAGGAUCACCGAGAGUCGCCUGCAGCUGUUGCUUGCAAGAGUUUUGGGAUAUACAGGACCCCACCAAUCAUGUGGAAAUGUGUCCGUGGCUGCAGGCUCACUUGUGCCCCUUGUGUUGAAACGUGUGUUCAAACUGGACCUCAAUGCAUGACCACAUCCCCAUGCACAUCCAGGACAUAGAAAUAAAGUGCCCCUUGUGUGGGCAUGAAGUUGCUGUUGUGAA